AUGAUUGGGAAAGUGCCGAAUGAGGUUACCUACGCGCAAAUUUACAACCUUCUCGAAGCGAUUCCACUUCCACAAAAGGGUGCUAUACCAGAGCAAAACUGCGUCACUUGGACGAGAGCCGCAAUUCACAAGCUUCGGGAGAGCGGGCUUGUGGAGCAAUUCGAUCUUGAUCAGUUUAUGGACGAGUCGAUCGCUUACGUGGAUCAACGCCUAUAUGACCUCGAUUCUCAACCCGAUAGAAUCAACUACACUCCUCGGCGUAUGUGA